AUGACGUCCCAGCAAAACCUCUUCUCACCCGCAGAACUCGCAUAUCUGCACCAGUCGCUCUCUCUACAUCCCCCAAUUCGACCCGAUGGACGCAGCCCUACCCAGUUCCGCCCCUUGACAGCUGAGACGGGAAUCCUUCCUGGCACAAAUGGAAGCGCGCGCGUGCAUUUUUCGGAUGGCACAGAAGCCAUUGUAGGAGUCAAAGCUGAGAUUGAAAAGACAGGAGGAAGCGAGGAGCAGCACGAUGAACAAGAUAGGUCAAGGAAUGACUGGCUUGAGCUGGCAGUGGAAAUUCCGGGACAAAGAGACGAUGAAGCUUCGACAGUCUUCUUGGCCGAGAUGUUGAGAGAGGCGCUGUUGGCCGAUAACGAGUUUGCCAAGAAGUUGAGGAUCAACAGACGGUUUCACUGGAGACUAUACCUAGAUGUUCUUCUAAUAUCCCCUCCGCUAUCAUAUCCUCUUCCGCUUCUUUCACUCACAACGCAUCUCGCACUCUUAGCUACACGGCUUCCUCGUCUCAAGUCCGAAGGCGACGAAGACCCUAUGUUCGAUGAUGACUGGGAGUCCUCUACAUUCCUGUACCCUCGCGAUGGUGCUGGCGCACAGGGUUCACGACCACCUAUCACAUUGCUAGUCGUGGCAAUUGGCGACACCACCAUUUUCGAUCCUGCAAAGGAGGAACUUGCUGUCGCUGAGAGCGCCCUGGCUGUGUCUGUGGCUGAAGUCCGUAAAAUCAAGGAAGCGGGUGAUAUGGACGUCGAUAAGAAGGGGCGGGAGCUCAAGCUGUUGUCGGUGCGAACUGUUGAUCCUCCAUCGAGAUUGACUCCACCUGGAGUACCGCAUGUUGCGAACAACUCAGGACCCGCGCAGAAAAGCGAUACUCAAACAACCGAGGGCGUUUGGAAGGCACCACUGGGUGGAACCAAGUUUGGAGUCAUCGAUGGCAUAAUACAGGCUGUGUUGGAGAAGGGCGGUGUCGCAGACGAAGUUCUGGAUGGAUUAGAGGGGGUUGAGCUUUCAUGA